AUGCAAGCCGUCCUUGCUGCCCUCUUCCGAGUCAUUCGCGUUUGCCCCGGCAGCCAAGACGUGACACUUGAUGCCAUGACGGUGAUGUCUUCAGUGGGGCUAUGUUCGGAUACCGAGAAAGCACAUCGAUGCAAGAUGAUGCUCGGUGAACACCUGGACUUUGAGACGACAGAUGUGAGGAACGCCCACAGCCGCAUGCAUUCGCAUGGGUUUGUGAGCCUCUUCCGGUCCCACACGAUCCGCGCGGCCCUUCUCAUCCUGAAGUUGGUUUCUGCGGCAGCAACGAACGCGCUUUUCUUCUCCGGCUCCGCCAUGUCCGGGAGUUCUGAUGACGGCUGCGUGCCGGAAACCUUCGCAGAGCGCAUUUGGCGUGCGACAAUAAUCGGCAUUCUCUCGGCCUUCGUGGGGGACGUUCUCAUUGUCUUGCUGGCCCUGGUGCAGCGGCGACGAGUCAUUGUUCGGGAGAGGUGGACUCCGAAGGCCCGGGCGCGUCAGUUGCGGAGUUGGCGACUACGGAGUUUCCUCUUCUGGCUGCUGUGGUUUCUUGACUGUGGCCUUUCCGUCACCUACAUCCUGGUCUUCUUAGCCAACGUCAGUGCCACCGAUGGCAGAAAGUGGAUCGAAAGUACCGGCAUGAGUCUCUUGCAAGAUCUUGUCCUGAAGCCCUUCUACCUGGCUUUUGGCUAUGGCACCAUCGCCAGCAUCGUGCUUUGCUGCAGCUCUCGCAUCAGGGAGAAGGUGGCGACAGAGUGGCAAGGAGUGGAUCAAGCGGCCGUCGCCAGGGAAAACCAUGAGGCGCAUGAACUCGGACAUGCCCUGCGGCUCGCCUGGGAAGUGGAGAGCAUUGACAGCGCGAAGCUCGUGAGAAACCAAAUUCAGAUUGAAAGCUUCUGA